CCAGUGUGCAGUGUGUGCAACACAAACAACACUACUGCUGCUCGUAUAAAAAGCCACCUCUUUGUUGAAGACACACCGGCGACCCGAUUCGUCUCUUUUUUUACCGGCAUCGGCUUCGAAACCUUAAAACUCUCGACCGCGAGUAACCCGCACAAUCAUGAGCAACGGAAAGCAUCUCGCAAAAGGUUCCAGCCCACCAUCUCUCCCGGACGAUGGUAAGCUGCGCCUGUACUCGAUGCGCUUCUGCCCGUACGCCCAGCGCGUCCACCUGAUGCUGGACGCGAAGAAGAUCCCGUACCACGCGAUCUACAUCAACCUGUCCGAGAAGCCGGAAUGGUACCUGGAGAAGAACCCGCUCGGCAAGGUGCCGGCACUGGAGAUUCCCGGCAAGGAGGGCGCCACCCUGUACGAGUCGCUCGUCCUGUCCGACUACAUCGAGGAAGCGUACUCGGCCCAGCAGCGCAAGCUGUACCCGGCCGACCCGUUCAGCAAGGCGCAGGACCGCAUCCUGAUCGAGCGGUUCGCCGGCUCGGUCAUUGGGCCGUACUAUCGCAUCCUGUUCGCGGCCGACGGCAUCCCGCCCGGUGCCAUCACCGAGUUCGGCGCGGGGCUGGACAUUUUCGAGAAGGAGCUGAAGGCGCGGGGCACCCCGUACUUCGGGGGCGAUAAGCCGGGCAUGAUCGACUACAUGAUCUGGCCGUGGUGCGAGCGGGUCGAUCUGCUCAAGUUUGCGCUCGGCGAUAAGUACGAGCUGGACAAGGAGCGGUUCGGUAAACUGCUGCAGUGGCGAGAGCUGAUGGAAAAGGACGAUGCCGUAAAGCAGUCGUUCAUUUCGACGGAGGACCACACGAAGUUCCUGCAGAGCCGCAAGAACGGUGAAAACAACUACGAUAUCUUGGCAAAUGACGCCAAAAGGCCACGGUUGGAAUAAGAAAAAAAGGAUGUAUCGUUUAUCACAAUUCUCUCUGCGACUGAAAAUAACUAUCAAGAUAAUUGUGUGAUGGAAUAAGCAUUGUUAAACGCGUGAAAAAGCUAUUCGUUUGCCGCAACUGCCCUUUGCCCAUGCUGUGAGUUAAUCGCGUUAACGGUUCGUUUGAAAAAGAUAAACAUUGCAACUGACAGCACCCGCAGAUGACAGUAGCACAGCUGUGCCAGCAGCUUGCUGGCAGUUAUUUUGAAUGUGUAUAUGUGUGUGUGUGUUCAGCAUUUUCUUUGUUUUGAUACGUAACCGGUAAAAUGAUAAACAAAGGCCUUCGGAUGGGUUUAGAAGAGAAAAAAAAUCGAAUCUCAACGAUCCAUGUAAUGCACGUCAUUUCGUAACUCGUCGAAAUUAGAAUAUUAUUACAUUGCAUUGUUUCUUUCUAAAAAUAAAAUAUUUCAACCUUUUUUUUUGUUUCUCUUCAAUAUCGCAAUGAAAAAAGGAUUAAAAGAAAACUAUAUUUGGGGAAUUUCUUUUUCCG